AUGCCUACAGAAACAACAAGAACAGCAGCAGAAACAAAACCUUUCACAACUCCCUCUCAUCCCUCAGAUGGUGGCAAUGACAUAAUGAGGGACAUAAUACUAUGGAGGAGGAAGAAACUAAGUACUUUUGUUCUAAUUGCCGCAACAGCAACAUGGGUUUUGAUGGAAGUUUAUCAAUAUAACUUCCUCACUCUCAUUUCAUGGCUCACCAUCUUAGUAGUUACCUCAAUAUUCCUCUAUGCCAAAAUGCUUACACUUUUGGGCAAGGAACCACCGAACUUGUUGAGGUUGGAAUUCAAAGAAGAAACAGCUAUAAGAAUGGCAAAGAUAGUUAAAGCAAGAAUUGAAGAAUCAAUAAGGUGGUUGUCCAUGGUGACCACACAAGAAGAUUGGACUGUGCUUGUUGGAGUUAUUGCUAGGUUUUUGGCACUUUCUUAUGUUGGAACCUGCAUGGACUUCCUCACAUUCAGUUAUAUCGUUACAUUGGGUGGUAUGACGGUUCCUGUAAUUUAUAUGAAAGAGGAGGAGAAGAUCAAGAGAUGCAUGGAGUGGUUGAGGGAGAAAUAUAAGAGAUGUUAUGAGGUUAUAGAUGAAAAGGCCAUCAGAAAGAUCAAAAGUAGAAUACUAAAUGAGAAGAAAAUAGAGUGA